GCCCCUCCCAGAAGCUCAUAUGACGGGUGUAAAAACAUCAGCACGGAAAGGAGUUUCUAUUGUUUCACCGGCUUCAACAUGACACCGAUUGUCAAGUGUUAAGCCUCCUGUGCUUCUACCUCCAAUAAAACCUAAUGAAUUAUAGUUUUUAAUCCUUCACAAGACAUCCCGGGCACCAUGGUUCACUGACAUCGACACAGACUGAAUAUUUUCCCGGAUCCAGCCGCCUGCCAUGCCGCCGCCCGAUGGCUGCUCCAUCAACUCAGCCGCUUCCGAUGAGAGUGAGGACACCGAACCUCUCAUCGGGAGUGAUGAAAUUCCUCCUCGGUGCUGCUCGGCCCGCUUCAACCUCGCCUUCCUGAUGUUCCUCGGCUUCACUGUGGUCUACGGUCUCCGUGUCAACCUCAGUGUCGCCAUGGUAGCCAUGGUGAACAGCACCGACCCAGAUCCAGACAGAAACCACUCCGUCAUCAACGCCUCCUGUCCACCACCAUCAGGACACAAGAACACUAGCAACAACUUCCAGCAGCCUGCCGGGGUCCCUCACUACAACUGGGACUCUGAGACUCAGGGCUGGCUGCUCGGGGCUUUCUUCUUCGGCUACCUGUGCACGCAGAUCCCGGGCGGCUACCUGGCCGGUCACUACGGGGGGAAGUUUUUCCUGGGUUUGGGUGUGCUGGGCACGGCUGCACUCACCCUGCUCACCCCUCUCGCUGCCAAAUGGGGCUCGUACUGGCUCUUUGCACUGCGAGCUCUGGAGGGCUUUGGAGAGGGUGUGACGUACCCGGCGAUGAUGGCGAUAUGGGCUAGGUGGGCUCCUCCUCUGGAGCGCUCUCGCCUGAUAGCCAUGUCGGGAUCCGGGGGCAGCUUCGGGGCCUUCGUGGCCCUGCCGCUCACUGGCUACAUCUCCCAGAUGCUGGGCUGGCCCGCUGUCUUCUACAUCUGUGGCGGCGCUGGUUGCCUCUGGGCAGUCUUUUGGUUUAUCUUUGUGUCAGAUGACCCUCGCACCCAUCGCCGAAUCAGCAAAGAGGAGCGAGAUUACAUCAUUAAAACCGUCGGACCACAGGGUACAGGUCAUGGCUGGUCCUUGCCCUUGCUGCACAUGGCGCUGUCUUUCCGACUGUGGGCCAUCAUCAUCACCCAGAUGUGCUCGAACUGGGCCUUCUACACCCUGCUCACAUCCCUGCCCACCUACAUGGACGUCAUCCUGCACUUUGACCUGCAGUCGAACAGCUUCCUGUCCUCUCUGCCGUACCUGGGCAGCUGGUUGAUGGCGUGGCUGUCUGGAGUCAUGGCGGACGCCCUCAUCGAGCGGCGAGUGUUCAGCGUCACUGUCGUUCGCAAAAUCUUCACGUUUGUAGGUCUGUUUCUGCCCUCGGUUUUCCUCGUGGCUGUGAUUUACGCCCGCUGCGACCACAUCCUCAUCGUCACCUUCCUCACACUGUCUUUGACCACGGGAGGGUUCAGCGCCGCCGGAGUCUUCAUCAACCAGAUAGACAUCGCUCCUCGGUAUGCAGGAUUCCUGCUGGGAAUCACCAACACCUUUGGGACUAUUCCAGGGGUCGUGGCGCCGAUCGUAACGGGAUACUUUACUGAAGAUCACACUCUGGCCGGCUGGGCGAAAGUCUUCUGGGUCGCCGCUGGGAUCAACGCGAGCGGCGCCGUCAUUUACACGUUAUUUGGCACCGGCAAGCUCCAACCGUGGGCCCUCACUGAGGAGGAGCGAGCUGAAGCUGAGAGGAAGAGGAACAGGUCCAUCUCACAUUAAAGCAGAAAUAUGCAUCAGCAGCAGAGCCUUUACUCAGGCUUUAAAGACACAUAUACGGUUAGCUAGUUUUACACAGUUUUCUGAUUUUAGAGGAACGUGUCUGGAGAUUUAAUCUAUAAAUUCAGGUAUAAAUUAAGGGACUUCAUGCAGUAUUCACACUUCAUGAGCCAAUAAUGACUUAAGAGCUACAAUAUGCUCUUCUUGUUUACGAGGUGAGCUGAUAGACUUAUUUUUACAGUAAUUCCAGCAACUAUAUUACAGCUUAUGGAGCAUUUAAAAUUUCAUGUUAGGCACAUUUUUAACCCUUUAAAUUCGCUGGCAGGUGAAAUUUCAAGGGUUAAAAUGUUAUCACUACUUUUAAGAAAAGAUUAGUUUUGGUACAUGUGACAUAUUCGAACAUGUGCUGCCUUUUAAUAAUCAGGAAACACGUUUACUCUUGUUGAUGAAGUUUUAAUCGUUUGUAUGUGAGUUUUAUUGAAAAUUUUCCUGGUGAUUUUGUUUCUUUGCACCUGUUUGAUACUUACGACACUUCAGGUGAGACCAAAACAAAUCACUUUUUUUAAAGUUAUUUUAGUUUUUCUUUUAAUUUUACCUUCAACAAGGUACAGUUAGGAACAAAAUGCAUAUUUUGCACAACAGGAGGGUCACUCCACAUAAAAUAUACAUAUCUGGGGAAAAAAACACCAUCAGGUGAUUUUUAUUCAAAGUAAAAUAACUUUUAUACAUUUAAUGAAGCUUUGAAUCUUCAUACUGUGAA